CGGGUCAUCACUGGUUCAUCGCCGUUGCUCCAGUCGUACAGACUUCAGGGUGUACAGUGCCCUGUGCCCCGGCGGUUUACCCUCCGAUCGAUCCAUCGGCUCACCGCCAAAAUGUCAAUCUCGCUCCGCCUCGCCGUCCCGCUCCCGCCGUCGGCGCAGGCGCCCGCGCCACGCCGCCGGGGCCUGCGCCCGAGAGCCGGCGGAAAUGCCGUCACCGUCUCCCCGGUCGUCUUACGGCCGCCGCGCGCGCUCAGGGGAGACGCGUGGUGGCGCCGCCGGGGAGACGCCGCCGUGUGCUGCGCGUCGGCGCACAUCAGCACCGAGGCGCUGCAAUGGAUAGCAGACGCGGAAGAAGCCCAAGAAAAGCGGUGCGUCUGCUAUCCUUGCUUCCAGGUGAACUGGAGCUUCCCUUGUCAACGAUGCUGUAUGCUGUUUGUUAGUAUUGCUCCUUACCAGUUUAUGAACUUGAGGGGCACUCAAGACUCUGUAAUACUGUCAUUGGCAAUAGCAGCUUAUCUCGCGUUUCAGCAUUUCACCGGGGCCGGAGGCGUGCGGAAGGCCUUGGACCAUGGAGCGGUAGUUGCAACCUUGUGCAUCAUCUGCAUCACGCUUAUCCCCUUCUUGUUCUUGCUCUGAUUCCGGUGUGGCGUAUGAUAAAGCCUUGCUCCUCUCAACUCGUGGAGGUGUGGAGAUGAAGUGCAGGAUGCUGGGAAGCUGCAGAAAACAAAGGAAGUUCUUGUGUUGCAUGAUCCUAGUCCUACAUAACUUGCAGCCUUUUCCUAAUUGAAAGCAACUUCUGAUCCAUCUACUGCUUUAAGAUUUUAAGCAUUUCAUGUAGUAUGUAUGGCAUGAUGAUGUGAAUGUGAUAUAUGGUCAGUCAAAGUUUCCUCUCUAUCAUUCCAA